AUGUGGCCUGUCCAUGGAAGCACCCAUUGGGGAUAUACCGGCGGUGUAACUCACAAAAAUGAACGACACGGCCGCCAAGAUUGUGCUCCAGCUGGAGUCUCGGAACCCCACGACCUCCGUGAAGGAUCGUCUUGCCUACGCCACAAAUGGCAAGGCAGAGGGGGAGGGAAAUCUGGUACCUGGCAAGAGCGUCAUUGUGGAAGCCAACGCGGCAACACGGGGGUUGCCCUUGCCAUCUCGGCGCCGUACGCGGGUAACAUGUUCAUCAUCAUCGUCAUGCUGGGGCUCUUGUCGAUUGAGCGCUGCUGCCUGAUGCGGAUUUUUGGGGUGGAGCUUAUCCUAACCCCUGCGGCCUUCGGCGUGAAGGGGGCUAUGAUAUUGGUGAACUGCAUUGUCAGCACCAAACUCGACGCCGUUUGUGUGGAUCAGUUUUGCACAAUAUACAACGCCCAGAUCCACCAGGAUACCACCGGGCCGGAGAUUUAG